AUGAAAUCACCAAAGUGUCCGCUGAAGAGAAUUAAUACGCACGCUCGUAAAUGGAUUGUGUCGCAUGUUCGUUCGGAAUGCAUCGGAUUGGAAAUUCAACAAAAAAAACACAACAAUUCAUUGCAAUAUUAUCAACAACAAUCUCCUCCAUUACCAAUGGUCCUUACUCUCGAAAUUCCAUCUGCAUUUGGCUACGUCUUGGCUGUUGCUCUCGCCUACACUCUCGAAUUAUUUGUGUUUGGUGGUGUCGUUGGCCACAUGAGAAAGAAGCACAAAGUCCCGUAUCCUGAUGUCACAGGUGCUCCCGAAUUCAAUCGAGCCAUGAGAGUCCAUUACAAUGCAUUGGAAGGAACUCCAUUCUUUUUUGUGGGUUUAAUAUUGAGCGGAUUGUAUUGGCCUGAAGUGAGUGCAUUGGCUGGAGUGGUGUACAUGAUUGGACGAGCUGUGUACUGUGUUGGAUAUUUGCAAGCUCCAGAGAAGAGAUCUGCAGGAGCUUAUAUUUUCCAUUUGGCUGAAUUGGUGCUUUUGGUAUUGAGCGUCAUGUUUAUUGGAAGAGUAAUUUUCCAAUAA